UGGCUCCAACCUCAUCUCUAAGCAUCCAUCUCGGUUUGAAUAGAGAAUGAGCGCACGCCUCGAAACUCUUCUUCUCGGAAGAAGAUGUCUUCUCAUCCUCAACUGACCUCUCAAAUCCUCCUCGAUUCCGCCCUCUACUGCCACGAGGAGGACGAACGCCAUUGGGACGCUGACAUUAACUCCUCCUUCACACACAUACUCAAUUACCAUAACGCCCCUCAGGAUGAAGACGACGAGCUCAUCUCUCUACUGCACAAAGAGCAGGACCACCAACCGCACGCGGGCGCUGCGCCGGUGAGAGCCGACGCGGUUCACUGGAUGCUUAAAGUCGCUCACCACUACUCCUUCUCUGCCCUCACCGCCGUGCUCGCGGUUAACUAUUUCGAUAGAUUCCAACAACGUAGCUUCCAAUCUGGCGGCGAGAAGCCAUGGAUGGCGCAAUUAGCUGCUGUUGCCUGCGUUUCGUUGGCUGCCAAAGUGGAGGAGACUCAUGUGCCCUUGCUUUUAGAUCUCCAGGUUGCGGAGGAGACCGAUUACGUUUUCGAGUCCAAAACGAUUCAGAGGAUGGAGAUUUUACUCCUUUCCACUCUCGAUUGGAAGAUGAAUCCGGUUACUCCGCUUUCGUUUCUCGAUUGCAUCGCCAGAAAGUUAGGCCUGUUCAGCGACACCUCUACAGAGUUUCUUCGGAGAUGUCACUGCCUUCUUCUCUCUCUGCUUUCUGACUGUAGAUUCAUGAGGUAUCCGCCGUCUGCAUUGGCCACCGCCACAAUGCUGUGUGUGAUCAGCAGCGUCGAGCCAACAAUCGGCGUCGAACAUCACGAUCAUCUCAUCGGAAUUCUCGGAAUCAACAAGGAUAAGGUGGAGAAUUGCUGCAGCCUGAUACAAGAGGUGGCCACCGUGUGCAACAAGAGGAAGCUCCCCGGCAGCCCCAAAGGGGUGGUGGACGUCGACUUCAGCUCCGACGAUUCCUCCGCCGUCUCUUCGCCGGAGCAUGUCGCUAAGAAAUUCAAGUCCUAGUAAUUAAAUAAUGCAAUUUUCCCACUUCGGUUCCUUUUUAAUUUAUUUAUCUGUCUUUUCUAGACUAUAGGAGUAUUAUAUAGUUGAGUUUUAGAUAUAUGUUGAAUAAUAUUUUGUACGGAAUCUCGCUACUAUCUUUGCAUUCAAUCCAAAUGCCAACCUUCAUUCGACGGUUGUAAUUUUGGUA